AUGAAGGUCUACCAGCUCACCCUUCUCUCAGUGUCCUCUGGGAACCCCGCCAAGGCCGCUGUCCUUGGCUCGGCCCAGGAUCUCAGCAGCUUCUCCAUGUUCCAGCGUGGCAGCAUCGCGCAGUUCAUGUCCUUCUUUGCCCAGGUACGAUCGCCGAAGUUUACACGAGGACUGACAAAGCAGACUGUCGCGGAGAGGACGCCUCCCAACCAGCCGUCAUCGGUCGAGGAGAACGGCUACAAGGCUCACAUCAUGCGCAUCCCUGGCCGCACCGCCAACAGCCCCGGCAUGGCAGCCGUUAUGAUCACGGACAUGGAGUAUCCGUUCCGCCCCGCGUUCUCUCUGCUGAACAAGCUCCUGGAUGAGAAUGCGUCCCUGCUUGCACAGCUCCCCAACCCGGACGCUGCGCCCUCGGCCGCCUCUGCCGCCGCCUCGGCCUUUGGAGGCAACCCUUCUCAGAACGCCGCUGGAGGCCUGCCGCCUGCUCAGAAGGGCAAGCUCGAGGGAACGCUGUCGACCUACCUGGCCAAGUACCAGGACCCCAAGCAGGCUGACACCAUCAUGAAAGUCCAGCAGGAGCUCGACGAGACAAAGGUCGUCCUUACCAUCGAGUCGGUUCUGGAGCGAGGCGAGAACCUUGACAACCUUGUUGAGCGCUCCAACACACUGUCUGCUCAGUCAAAGAUGUUUUACAAGACUGCCAAGAAGGUAGGCGUUUGGAUAGAGUAUAGCGCUGACUUUCCAGCAAAACUCUUGCUGCAUUGUCAUGUAAUUAUAAUACCCUUGGCCGCAAUGGCCCACUCAUACGAAGGCUUUGGUAAACAUAUCGUCGUCCUUUCGGAUGACUCGGACAGCGACGUAGCAAUUGUGGGCUCACGUUCGAGGACGGCGCAUGUGUCCACCUCCCCUGUUUUUGUCCGCACCUCGAGGAGCGCAGACGUGUACACACUGGUCGACUCUGACACCGACUCGGACGGCGCGGAUCUCGACUCCAUUCUCGCGUCUGCAUCUCUUCCGAAGCGACAUGACUCGUCUACUACUGCCAUCCGACAACACGGCGCCUCGAUCGUACGCGCCGAGCGGCUCACCUUUUCAGAGACCGCGACAACCGCAGAGAUGUCACGAAGGACUCUGACAGUGUCAACCUCUCGCUCGAUACUCAGCGUACUAGAAGAGAACAACUGGGACGAACAAACGCUGCCUACAACGUCCGCAGCAGAAUCCCCCGAGCCACGUAAGAAGCGGAGGAGGACGGCUACGACAAGCGAUGCGGGUCGUGCGGCGUCCGAGGCGAAGGACAGGGAGAGGGCGGAGGCUAGAGCAGAGCGAGAGCGUCGGAAGCUUCAGGAGAAGAAUGACCGACAGCGUGCGCGUGAUGAAGCAAAGGUGACACAUGCACUUGCGCGAACGUCGCUGACGCGCCAGGCCGCCAGGGAAGCGGAACGGUCUUAUCAGAAAAAGCUCAAGGAACUGCGCAAAACCAAAAGCGAAGCUUUGCGCGAGGUUGAGAUUCAUAUGGCGCACGACCUGAUGCUUCCCUCCUCCCCGAUAGCGGGUGCAAUGCCGGAAAUCCGCAAGCGUGUGGAAGAUUCUCUGUCCAGACUUGUGACAGUCCCGGAGACCGAUACUAUCGUUGGAGGAACGAUCCGCUUCUUGCGACACGUAUCCGCCGAAUGGAGCGCAUCAGAAAAGCGGUUUGUCCCCCUUGACAACCCGAGGACAGAGUGGGAGACCACAACAAUUCUGGUCGCGUCUGCCGACGAAGUAGUGGACCGCAUCUUGCUCGGUGACGGAGAGCUCGCAGAGUGGAUCGCGGACGUACGGCUCACCCUGUUUCUUGCGCCAGACGAGCAGUUGCUCCUACUCGUUCGCGGGCUCGAAAAGUAUCACUCCAAAACGCGCUCCAUUGUAAAUAAGGCGUUCCGCGACUCGGCGAGGGCGGGCCUGUCAACGGGCAGGGCGAGCUCGACAGAGGCCAGCACUACCUUCAGAACGCGUGUGGAAAAGGAACAAGUCGAAGCCGAGCUACUGCAGGCCCAGCUAUCUCAGUACCUUCUCGUUGUUCAAGAGGACAUCGAAGACUGGAUCUUCAACCUCGCAGGAGACAUCGCCGCGAAACCCUUGCUCGAGAAAUCGCACCUGCCUUUCUCAGCUCCUGACCAUCCUCGAAAAGCAGUAGACGCUAUGCCCGCCCUCGAGCUCAUGCUGCAAGAGGUCAACGGACUGACUGCGUCUGCUGCCAGCGGUAUCACGACUCGCUAUCCUUCGUUCCGAAAGUUGAUGGAAGCCUAUGAGGGUGAGGCUGAUCUAAAUACGGCUGAAAACCUCUUGAUGGACUGUGAGAUUCGCAAUUCGAAGAAUGGAGCCGCAGCGUCUCGACGAGUGGGACCCAGUUUAUCGCGCAAGGUUCAUUGGUUGUUCAGAGGUCAAGACCCCUUGGCCUUGCAGUAG